AUUAGAAAAGAGGGACUAUCAACAAACAAAGGAGAUCAAAGAUUUAAGAAAAGAAAAUAAUUUCUUAAGGAAGCAAAACGAGGCUUUAAAAAUAGCUGUUAUGCAUUCAGCUCAGGUAUAUAAAAAUAACGAUGAAGAAUAUCAGAGCGAGAUAACUCAACUUCAUCAAAUUCUUGGAGAGAUCGCUUUAGCAUAUUUUAAUAUGGUUAAUGGAAUCUUACAAAAAAAUGGAAUUAAAAUUUUGGGUACUCAAAAACGUUAUUCGAGUUAUCAUGAAGCUUUUGAAGCUGCUAGUUUGCAAAACUUUAACCAUGACGGUGAAUAUUCACUACCACGAUCAGUUUCUUUUUAUGAACCUGAACCUGAAGAAG